AAUUCCGUAAGUGGCAAAAAUAGUUUGUACGUUGCAAUGGCCCUAACACAUCAGCUGAGUGCCUUGCUUAAAGUAACUGCGGCUAGAAUCGAUGUUGAAGAUAAACUUCUUGAGCACUACUUGAAUAAGGUUGUGAAAGUUAUAGGUUCAUCUGAUUUAUCAAAAGCACUCACGGAGGAAUUCGUAUUAUCUGUCAAAUGCUUAAUUAACAUUUGUUCAACUGUUCAAGUAACAAGUCUUUUAAAAACCGUGCUGUCAACUCAAGAAAAACGUGAAGAGUUCACUCGAAUCCUUGCUACCCUCUCUUUGGAUAAUUCAAGAAUUCAUGCUGAUUUGGCGUCUCUAAUUAUUGACUUGAUUUCUAAUUUGACUAGAGAUCCUGUUUGGAUUAGUCAUUUUGGUGAACAUUUCGAUAGCAAACAUAUUAGAUCGAUUCUUAGUUCAAGUUCUUAUGUUCAGAAGUUUCUUCCAAUAGUACUUAACCUAAGUAGCCUGACAUCAGUACGUCACUCCGUAUGUUCCUCAGAACAAUUACGAAAGCUGAUGGGUUUGUUUUCGAAGGUGGAUUCCGUCCCAAUCAAAAUUCUCAUAGCUGGCAUAAUAAAAAAUUGCUCAUUUGAAGAUGAGCUUCAUUGUGAACUUUUCAACAAGGGCGUUGGUUUGCUCGAUGCAAUUUUAGUUCCACUUUGUGGUCCGGAAGAUUGUAUUGAUAAAGAAGACCGUGCUAUAUUGCCUAAAUCUGUGCAGACUAUAACUGGGAGCCCCCAAUUUUCUCGUUUGUUUUCCACUGAGUUGUAUCUCACUAUUUGCCAAACAUUUUUGCAGUUUUGCUCCACCAAUCACGGACGAACAUUUCUUCGGUCCAAUGGAGUUUAUUUCAUUUUGCGUGAGGUACACAAAUAUGUAGCAAAAGCCGAAGAACAAACACAGUGUCCUGAAACUGACGAUGCAGUUACAAACAAAGAAUUGUUAUUUUGCAUCGAACAAGUAGUAGAUCAACUCAUUUGUGAAGAAAGUGAACGUGAUGAUCGCUAUGCAAAAUCCAGUCUUAGAGAAAUAAAUAUUGACACAGAAACUAAAGAAAAACUUGAUAGAGUGAAAAAAGACUAUUUGGAAUGCAUGUAAUGUCUGAUAUCGUUAAUAUAUUUCAUUUUGGCUUUGUAAAUACUCAGUACUCCAGUCGCUGUUUCUACUCUUUAAUUUUUCUACACCCCAAUUAAUUCUAAUUAACUCUUACGACGAUGAACUUCAGCUGUUUAACAUUGAACCUGUGUAACAACGUUCGUUGAUAGCAAUCACCUUUUUUAUCACUAAGUGAAAUUUUAAACUUUAUUUGCAAAUGCAUUGUAGACACUUCUAAGAACGUCAAAGUUCAACGUUCUUUAUAAUCUAAAUGUAUUCGACAGUGUUUUCAAUUAUCAGAUUUUCCAUCAAUAGUUUUUAAAGAGACCCAACAUAUGGAAUAAAAUAAAUGGAAAAGUAGCGGGAAACUUGAUAAUUUAUACCACUUAAGUGCGAACUCAAUGGAGAUGGGUUUUUUUCAGUUUCAUUCUAGACUUUGCUUUGUUUCAAGGUUUAUCAUGCUGUUUUAAAGUGUACAUAAAUGCAGUUAUUUUAACGGACAUCUGGAACAAUGUAAAAACAUAAAGGCCAACUCUAAACAUUGGUUAUUCAGCACAGUAUCAGAAUGAUAAUUCAAAUUGUAGUGCUCAAUUUGUAAGCUCUUCCAUUAUCCCCUCCUAAUUACUCUUCGCUUGAUAUUAUACAAAUUGAAAAAUCUAAUCUAUCAAUUGAAAGUAAAUUCAUAAAUUAUAAUUUUUCUAAGAACAGUUAUCUCUCCUCAUGUCCAUAUUUAUCCCUGUCACAGCCAAUGGCAAAAGCUGAAAGUAAGGAUUACAAUCGUAUUGGUUUUGUGUUGAGACAGAUACAGACUUGUUAAUUGAACAAAACAGCACAAAGGCUCUUUUUCACCUUAUUCGUUUUAGCUCCGUAUCAACAGAUAAGUUCCACAUGGAAUAUUAUAAGAAUAAUCUGGGUGUAAUUAAGUCUUGGCAACAAGAAUUAAUGGGUAAAAAAAUUGUGGAUAGUUUGUAUCACAAAUACUGGUCAACUCCCUGUAAAGAUACAAUAUGUCGCUUACAGUAAAAGUGAAUAAAUGCUGAGUAAAUAAUAUCAUCGAUAACCGACUUGAGAAAAAAUUCAGUAAUUAGUUCACAGCAUGAAGGCAGUAAGUUACUAUUAUUUUUAUUGAACCAGGUUAUUACUCAGAAAAAUAAAAUAAACUAUGGAAACAAGGAGUGUAUCAUCUGAAUUCGAAUUAGGAAUUAAUUUUUGUGCUUAAGGGAUUUAUGUUUGUCUCCCUAACGUUUAGCGUCAGUUACCUUUCAGAGUGUUAAACGUUGAUCUUGUCUAUUCAGCAAAUUCUUAAAAUAUUCCCUUCUAAUUAGUUAGAGGUACUGGAAAAUUAUUUAAAAGAAAUUUAAACGUUUGGAUGAUUUGGAAACAAAUUGCAUUGUCAUAUUAACAGGAACAGUGGAAGAAUAAUAAAGCCUAUGCAUCACUACAGUAUAAUAAACAAACGAAGGGUUAUAUGAUGUAAACUUCAGCUAAAUCUACUAAGUGAACUAAAAUAAGAUAGGUACUAGAUUAUUUUUUAGUCAAACUAUCGUUGUUUACAGUGCUCUUAGCAAAACACUUAAUUUCGCAGUAGAUUCGUUUUACUAUACGCUUAACCGAUUUACGGGAUUCUAAAUAACGGUAUAGGAAAGUAUUAAACAAUCAAUUCUAUAAAUAGACUGACAGAAUGGAGUCACCACUCGACCCACCUCUAGUUGACUGUUUCAUUGCUAAUCUCGAAAACAUUAUACUUGGACUAAUAAUUAACAACCAUCUAUACAAGACGUUUCGUGACUCAGUGUAAGC